UAAUACCUCACACUUAUUCCAAUCGGUGAUUAACACCUCCUUCACUAUAAAUACCACAAGUCCUUGCCCUUGUCAUUCCUAGCAAAACACAGAUACAGAAAACACACUUGAAGAAGAAGCAUCAACCAUGUCCAUCAAGAUGAGCAUAUCACCAGGUGUGCCAUCACCAUCACAAUCGCCUCUAUCUUCGCCACCACCAGUGUCUCCACCACCAACAACUCUACCACUACGUACAAUCCCUGGUAGCUAUGGCUUGCCUUUACUAGGACCCAUCUCAGACAGGCUCAAUUAUUUUUGGUUCCAAGGGCCUGAAACAUUCUUAAAGAAGCGAAUAGAGAAGCACAGGAGCACAGUUUUUCGCACCAAUAUCCCUCCAACUUUCCCUUUCUUCUCCAAUGUUAAUCCCAACGUUGUUGCUGUCCUUGACACCAAGUCUUUUGCACACCUCUUUGAUAUGGAGCUUGUGGACAAAAGGGAUGUUCUUGUUGGAGAUUUCAUGCCUAGUGUGAAGUUCACUGGGGAUAUCAGGGUCUGUGCUUAUCUCGAUACUUCUGAGCCACAACACUCUAAGCUAAAAAGCUUUGCCAUGGACACCCUAAAACAGAGCUCAAAAAUAUGGGUGAGUGAAGUCUUAACGAACCUGGACACCAUGUGGGAUGGCAUUGAGUCCACCAUCACCAAAUCCGGCUCCGCCAGCUACCUUGUCCCUCUCCAACAGUUCAUCUUCAAGUUCCUCGUCAAGUGCCUUGCUGGGGCCGACCCGUCGAGCUCACAGGAGAUUGCGGAGUCUGGCUACGCCAUGCUCGACCGCUGGCUCGCCCUCCAGCUCCUCCCCACCAUCUACAUUGGUGCCCUUCAGCCUCUUGUGGAGAUUUUUCUUCAUUCUUGGGCAUACCCUUUUUUCCUUGUCAGUGGAGACUACAAGAAGAUCUACGAAUUUGUGGAAAAAGAAGGUAAGGAAGUGUUACAAAGAGGUGAGACAGAGUUUGGACUGACUCGAAAAGAAAGCAUUCACAAUUUACUAUUCGUGCUGGGUUUCAACGCGUUUGGCGGGUUCUCAGUUUUCCUUCCAAGUUUAGUGAGCACAAUAGCAAGUGACACGACCGGAUUACAAGCAAAGUUAAGAAAAGAAGCAAGAGAGAAAGGCGGGUCAACUCUGAGUUUCGACUCAAUUAAAGAAAUGCCACUAAUUCAGUCAGUUGUGUACGAAACCCUCCGACUCAACCCACCGGUUCCAAUUCAAUAUGGCCGAGCUAGGAAGGAUUUCCAACUGAGUUCACAUGACUCGGUCUUUGACAUCAAAAAGGGCGAAUUGCUUUGUGGGUAUCAAAAGCUGGUCAUGAAGGACCCAAAGAUAUUCGAUGAACCGGAGAGUUUUAAACCGGACCGGUUCAUGAAUGAAAAAGGGUCGGAGUUACUGAAUUACUUGUACUGGUCCAAUGGGCCACAGACCGGUUCACCCACCGUGUCAAAUAAACAGUGUGCGGCUAAAGACUAUGUGGUCCUCACUGCUGCUUUGUUUGUUGCUUACGUUUUCCGUAGGUAUGAUUCAAUCACUGGGGACUCUAGCUCAAUCACAGCCGUUGAAAAGGCAAAGUGAGGGCAAUCACUGCUGCUUGGAUUGUGAUUUUUUUUUUUGUCUGUAUUUAUGAGUGUAUUGACUAUUCAGGGGCCAGGGCUGUACUGAGAUCUAAAGACAGGAAGAUAAUAUGUGGCUUUUAUGAUAUGGGUGUCUGAGAAAGGAUAAGUGGGGUCCACUAUUGAUUGAUACAGGUGAGAUUGAUGAUACUGAUUAUAUUUAUACCAUGUGAGAUGGGAUCAUGUGUGGACCAGUGUUUUGAAA